AUGGCUUUCCCAGCGAUCCAGCGCGACUCGAAAUCUCCAUUAUUGUCUCCCCGAAUGGCUAUAAAGAGCCCAUCGACCGAUACCGCCUCCUACAAUACACCUCCAGAAAACUCAACUGCUGAUUGGUCCCAAUGGAUGCGAUGGGACGAGCUCGAAUCUGAUGAUAUAUCAGCUCAUGCGGAUCUUUUCAAUAUGCCUUCGAACAUCGAUGAAGAAUUAUCUAAUAUACAUAAGACUAUGGUACCAAAGACGUUCGAUCUUUUACCAGUCAACACCCCGUUCACAUUUACGGCUGGCUCUUCAAACUGUGACACCAUUUCACCGCAGGAACCACCACUUCUAUCGGAUAUCUCUCCUGCCCCUUCUGACUCUCUUGAUUCGACGUUUGGUCCUGAGUUAGCCAACGGGCAUCGGAAUAACUCUGUGCCAGAAAUACCUUCCCCCGCAGACCACGCACAUAGGAACACAUCAGAAAGGAAGAGGACCUCUUCCUCCACUUCAUUAAUUCCUCUUUUACCAACAGACAGGAAGCGGAAGGCGGAGGUAGCGGAUCCUCGUCGCUUCUCUGCGGAAGAUGAUAUGCUAUCCGGUUCAAAAGCUUUACAUUCGAAGAAACGAUCCCACAACGUAAUCGAAAAGCGAUACCGUGCCAACCUCAAUGACAAAAUUGCCGAAUUACGAGACAGUGUACCGUCUCUUCGAGCUCUAGCCAAGCAGAAAAAUGGAAUAUCCGGUCAGGGAAUGGGCGAUGAUGAUGAGAUUGUAUCGUCCUCUAACAAACUCAACAAGGCUUCUAUUUUGGCCAAAGCCACCGAAUAUAUUCGUCAUUUGGAACAACGGAACAAACGCUUGGAGGAGGAGAAUGUCGGCCUGAAAAAUCGCCUUCGACAAUUAGAUAAAGUUCAAGAACAAAAUUUAACAAACUUCACGAAUGCUUCCGGCUCCGCGUCAACGGCUGGUGCCUACACCUCUUCCCCUGACUCUAGACAGGGAUCCUCCCCAGACGUCUUCUCACAAGCCGAAGACAUUUUUCCUGAAAGUUCCCCCAACUCGUUUCAUCCGCCCGAAGGGCUUAUCAAAGUCCCUGAGUAUUUCAAACGUAUGCGAGCGACUGGACCCCAGCAACACUAUGCAGAAUCUCUCAAUCAACCAUCAAAUACAAAUACAAAUUAUGCAUCAUCAGGCGGUCGACGAAUGACCCUUCCCAACAAAUUUAUGCUUGGGACGCUUGCUGCUCUAAUGAUAGUCGGUGGCUUCGAAAACCAAUCAAAAUCAGAGUCCUCCAAAAAGGGGUUACUUGGUAUUCCUCUGCAAUUUCCUGGAGACAUCUCCCGCUUCCUUCAAAUGUAUUUCGGCGGCUUGACGGCGACGUCGUGGCAAAUUAGAGCUCUGUCUCAUUUCGCAUUAACUUCAGUGGUUGUGGUGGGAGCCGCUUGUGCUGUCUUUGCUUACCUAUUUAAUUCAGCCCCAAGGCGAGCAAAGCAUCCGACUAAGUCCCCCGCGGGGUCGAGAAGCACUGCCGGUGUCUCACCAAUUGAAUUCCGGCAAGAGGCGUGGCUCACAAGUAUCCAGACUGUCUGGGUACCGAGGCACACAUUCUUCCCUGAAUGGUUUGCAGUAUCGUGGCGUUGCUUGGAGUAUGUCCUAAGCUGUCUUCUUGGAUCAAAGCUGUAUUCCUGGCUCACAGGAAUUACCGAGGACGAUGAAAAAGCAAGGGCUAAAGCAUGGGAUAUAGCCAUUGAUGCUCAACUAACUGGAGGUGACCCGGAAGUCAGCAAGAGCCGGAUGGUUCUAACUAUUUUCGCCUCCGGCACGUUGCCAAGAACUCCAGCACGGGUGAUGUUGAAAGCCCUCCAUUGCCGCAUUUUACUUUGGAGAGUGGGUUCUCCAGGCUCGUGGGCUUUUAGACUCUCAAACCACAUUGGCUCCCUCCUGGCCAGAUAUCAAUGGGAUAUAGCAAGAAAUCUAUUAAAGAAUCUACCCAAGGACCACGAAGAUGCGCUUCCAGAACAUCUUGUCACUCUUCUCGAAGCGGAUUCGGAUGAUGUUAUGACCGAUGCAAUAACGCAACGUGCAUCCAACAUGGCAUGGAACAGAUAUACCCAAGAAGCUACUUAUGGUGAAGACGCUAUGUUAGAUAUUGUCGUUGAAGACACUGCAGUACGCUCGCCUCUCGAUGCUCUUGCGGCGUGGUGGUCUAGUAGAGCUCUUCAGAAUGCAUUGAUCCAUUGUCUUGAUUUUGAUGCCUUCCCACCCGAGCAGAAACUCAGAGAAGUCUUCGAACUCAACCUCAAUCUAGCGUCAAAUGUUGCACCGCUCGCCUCAGCUGCUUAUACACGAGCGGCUGUAAUCAAGGCCGUUUUCUUUGGUGAAGACAGAGUGACAAAUAUUAACACCGUCCUUGCUGCCCUUCCGCGACCCAAAAGCCAGCCAGCCAUCAGCAGUACAAAUUUCCUUGAUUCGUCAGUCCCACCGUCAGCGCGGGCGGAAAUAUCUAUUGCUGUUCGGUGCGCCAUGAUUGCUGCGAUACUGAAAGGGCAGGUGGGUGGAGAUUCAUCCACGCCCCAACUCACGAUUCGCAACGCAAUUGAACUAUUCAAUGUUCUUCCGAUCGAUCCCGUUGAGCUUACACUCCUGGGGUUCGCCUCCCUCUACCACCUUUUACAUGUCGUAGCAGCCGAACAACAUCUGCUUUUGGAGUCUUCCUUAUCUUCCUCCAUGUGCUCAUCCGCCUCAGACACCACCUCCUCAACCCAGCGUUAUGAAGCAGAGUCUAGCACUAACGGCUCUACUCUGCCUAUUCCAAACCUCUCCCGUAUCGCCCAAGGUCUCAUUUAUUGGGUUCGCAAUGCUUAUAACCCGAUUUCCUCCGGAUUUGACAUGGAAUUGGUGGAAAAAGCUGUCAAGGGAUGCAUCGAUGCCUGCCAACGAGCUGGCAUUCAUAUUGAAGUAGAAGAAACCAGAUGGGAAGGCCAUCGUCACAGAGCAACGCACAGCAAAGACAAAACUCAAGAUACAAACAUCGUUACCGAACUCCACCCUGGCAGGACCGAUGUCGACGAAGAAUCGGGAGAGACGGAAAAUAAAACUAAAGAUGACCGCCGUGAAAGCUUAAAGAGCGUAGAUACAGGGUAUGGAAGCCUGAGUCAUGAGGAUGAUGACAGUGACGAGGUGGAGAGAAAGAAUAUUGCGAUUCCCCAACGCGAUGAAAGCUGUUCUCUUGCCAAUUAAUCAAUAUGGCUAAAUAGAUAUUGUCUGUACCCAUUGUUAUGAUUGUUAUGUCUUCCAUUAUUAUUUUUAUGUUUAUUUUUUUUUCUUCUUUUGGGAGGAAUGACUGAGAGUUUCAUUACACUUGACGACUUAGGAUAGAUGUCAUAUUUGCGUAUUUACGAAGACAGGGAAAACCAGAACAAGAAAAUGAUCAGGUAAAGGUGAAAGGGACCCUCCACUUACCGGUAUAUGUUUAUCUCAUAGAGAGUUAUUUUAUCACUUUAAAACAGAG